UUUUCACGCUGUUGGUUGGCCGACUAAAAGUCGUCGUCGACGUCGUGACGUUGUAGCAGCAGCAGCAGCAGCACCAGCACCGGCCUCUACCUCUACCUCUACCUCUGUCUCUGCAGAUGUCCAAGAGUCCCCAUGGAUGCCCUGACCCAAGCCCUCUCAGCCAGCUUUGCUGUGUCCAAGGAGCCCAACAGUACAGCUGCCCCCCACCCUCGGCUGGCUCAGUAUAAGAGCAAGUACAGCGUGCUGGAGCAGAGUGAGCGACGGCGGCGCUUUCUUGACUUGCAAAAAAGCAAACGGCUAAACUACAUCAACCAUGCACGGCGACUGGCUGAUGGGGACUGGACAGGAGCAGACAGCGAUGGGGAGGACGACAUGGAGAAGCAAGAGCAGGGGGAACGGGCGCAAGAUGGCACUGCAGAAGAAGAGGGAAUGGAGGUUGAUAGAAGAAAGCUCCCAAAACAUUAUGCAAAUCAGCUCAUGCUGUCAGAAUGGCUGGUGGAUGUUCCAUCAGAACUGGACACUGAUUGGCUUAUGGUGGUCUGUCCAAUGGGGAAAAGAUCCCUCGUUGUUGCCUCUAAGGGUUCUACUGCAGCAUACACUAAAAGCGGCUACUGUGUGAACCGUUUCCCCUCGCUGUUACCUGGUGGGAACAAACACAACUCCGCCGUGGGAAAGGACUAUACGAUCCUGGACUGCAUUUACAGUGAAGUGGAUAGAACAUACUACAUACUGGACGUCAUGUGCUGGAGAGGCCACCCGGUCUACGACUGCCCGACCGAGUUUCGUUUCUACUGGCUUCAGUCCAAAGUCCAAGAAACAGAUGGCCUAUCGGAGAUCGCCAAACGCAACCCGUUCCGGUUCGUGAGCCUCCAAAGCACAGACUGCACGACGGAAUCGAUUCAGAAAGCCCUGGCAGCCGAGUACAGCUUCAACGUGGACGGUCUCCUGUUCUACCACCGGCAGACCCACUACACCCCCGGCAGCACCCCUCUAGUGGGCUGGCUUCGUCCGUACAUGGUCACUGACAUCCUGGGCAUAGAGGUUCCCCUAGGACCCCUUACAAUCAAACCUGAAUAUGCCAGCCACCAGCUCCAGCAAAUCCUGGAACACAAAAAAACAUCUAGUGAAGUCCGCCCUGCUAACAGCAGCGGAGGCUAUGAGUUAGAGUACCUGUCCACUCCGAGUCAGGACAGUGGGGACUCUGUGAACUGCUUGAAUCAUAAGCCAAUAAGGGAAGCACACAUGGAAAUCUGAGUGAGAGACCCAACAAGAUGCACAUUGCUAACUCCAUUUCUAGGGGAUGCCAGCCCUCAUAUGGCUCUAUAGAAUGUCUGCUGAAUGCUUCUGCUGUUCUAACCAAUUGCAAAGCAUGGCUAAUUCUAAUCCGGCAGUGCUCAGGGCACCCUCUGAGUGCAGAUUAGUAGAGCUAUGCUGUGUAUGUGUUUUUACUUUGGCAGAAACUCCAAUGUGACAUUUUCAUCUGGUCUUCUUUCAGCAGCAGACCUUAAAACUAACCCGUUGUCUUGAGAACGAUUGCAAUGCAGAUCGCUUCUGUAACAUCAGUAGUCGAAUGCUUGUAAUCAAAAACAAAGAUAAACGUUGUCUUGUGAGGAAAAGAGCCUGCAGAGUUCAGCACAGUCAAAUGUCACUUUUUAAUGAUUCCUGCUCUGUGGAAAAAGCAUUUUUUUAAUCAGCGCUUUAGUUGGAGGAAUGGUUGAAUUUAGGAAGCAUGCAGAGUUUUGCCUAAGGCUUUGCUGACUGAUUGGAAUGGACUUUUACAAGUUAAUGUUAAAUCUAAAAUCCUUGACAAGUUUUUAAGUGUCUGUUUCUAAAUAAAAGAUUUUUUUUUAUUGGACAACC